AAACACACCCCCGAGCGAUGGCACGGGUGCAGGUCCUGGAAAAAGCGCCAGACGGCGGGUGGGGUUGGGUGGUUGUGGCCGGUACUUUCUUCAUCCAUGCCGUGAUGCUAGCAGCAUCCAUAUCCUUCGGCGUGUUCUACGCAGAGUUCCGCGAGGUUUUCCAGGAGGGAGCCGGAGUUACUUCCUUCAUCAGCUCUAUUUUAGUAGCGACUCUGCUUGUGUGCUCUCCCUUGGCUGGUGCCCUGAGCAACCUGACCAGUUGCCGCGCCGUCAUCAUCGCAGGUAGCGUCAUUUCUGCCGUAGGACUGAUCGUCAGUUUCUUCGCGCAGGAGAUGAUACACCUGUUCUUCAGCGUGGGCUUUCUCACAGGGUUUGGCAUGUCUCUUAUGUACUCCCUAAGCCUAGCCACUCUUGGGCGUUACUUUGACAAGCGGCACGCCACAGCCAAUGGGAUAGCCAUCUGUGGAACUGGCGUCGGCCAGUUCGCUCUUCCUCCGCUCUUCCAGUUCCUUAUCGAUGAGUUCGGCUGGAGAGGGGCUCUCCUGAUUGUCGCCGGUCUGCAGCUGAAUGGUUGUGUUUGCGGUGCCCUGUUGAGACCCAUACAUCUCAAAGAAGAUCGCAGAGAGGAACAAGCUAACAGAGAAACGCAGAACAGUAAUCAGAAACAGACGAAAGGCGUCGUUCUUGUACGCCAGGUCGUGGAAACGUUCGACGUGAGUUUACUUAAACACCGUCCUUUUCUCCUUUACGACAUGUCGCUACUGUGGACGAUUCUAGGCAUGUCUAUCAUAUAUGUACAUCUUGUCGCCUACGCGCAAGAACUCGGGGUGGAGAAAACGCAGGCGUCUUUCCUGUUGUCUAUCAUGGGCGCCUCCGAUGCAGUCUCAAGACCAAUAAACGGUUGGCUAUCGGACAGAGGAAAGAUCAGUAAGAUCUAUUACUACGCGAUUGGUCUUGUUGGACUGACCAUGGCUAACGUCGCCAUACCGUUUGCGACAACCUACGUGGGCCUGGUGGUGUGUAUGGUGUUCUAUGGGCUUUUCUCUGGAGUUUUUCAUCCACUCAUUGCUGUAUUGGUGCGGAAAUACAGCGGAGUUUCACGGAUAUCCGGCGGGCUUGGAUGGAACUUUGUUUGUCAGGGUGUCGCCUUUCUACUUGGACCACCCUUAGCAGGUUGGCUAUACGACGCAACUGGUAACUACGACAUGUCGUUCUACGUGGCCGCCAUCUUCACCUUCCUCUCCGCCCUCGUCUUGCUCCUCAUCCCGUGUUCCACGUCUUCGACAAGCAAGACGCUCGGCUCUGACAGCGGUGAACUUCCAGACCAAUUACAAACCGUAGAUAAAGCUGUCGUUCUGAAAGAUGUCAAACGGGUUGGCGAGGUAGCCUGACUGAACCUCGCUUUUCGCUGGCUCCCUAGUUAGUUGGAUGGCGGUCUAUCUAGGGAGCCCCCCCAGAGCUUGGGUUUCACAGGCUAGUUGGCGACGUAUCGGCUAGCUGAAAUCGCUUGCAGAAGUGGUUCGGAAAUGAUACUAGGCUAGCAGAAGUGAUUUUGGCAAAUGCGACGUACAUAGAAUUUCAGGAAUGUUCGGUAUGGCAAUUUUACGCGCAUCGGGAGUGUCAACUUAAAUGUGACCGUAUCUAGAUAGUACAUAUAUAUCAAGAAC